AUGGAGAACAACAUACCAAACUACCUGUCAAACCCUUCAGUUUCCUCCACAUCCUCUAUCUCCCUGCCCUCGCCUAGCACCCCACUUGCACCUGUUGGUGCCAACCCCCUCCUCCAAACCUCACUCCCCAUGCACCUCAUCGAGACUCUCACCAACGCACUAAUGGCACUAUCCAGCGUCAGUUCGGAGACCUGGGCAGCAUCUGUGUCGUCUAUUGUGUCGGGACUCAAUGAGAACGGGCAUGUGAGGGAGUGGGUUGAGCUUCUCCUCUUGAUUCUCAUGAAUGAGUUGUUAGGUUUUCUCGGAUCACGUACCACAAGGGCCCGAACAACCGUCCAGACUGAAGCCAAGGCUGAAGCUGAGCCCGACUCAAUGCCGGAGGCCGCAGAAGAGGUAUCAGAGGACAAGCCUGUUUCCGAAAAGAAGCAAGGAACUGAACUAAGGCCUGUCGAACCAAAACCUGUUCUUGAACCGAUUCCUGUAUCGGAAUGGAAGCUUGAGCAAACAGCUGAGUCUGAGCAGAAAUCGGAGUCGGAUGAGUACCCUGUCUCUGACCAAACAUCUAUACCUGAACAAGAGGCUGUUGGUGAUCAAGAUUCUGAACAUGGGUGGCAACCUAUGCCUGAUCCAAAACUUGGGGCCUAUGAGAAACUUGAGCCUGAGCAGAGUAUUGUGUCUGAUAAUGGACCUGUGUAUGAAACCAAGUAUGAGCCUAAUCUCGAGAGCGACGACAGCAUCAGCGGCGAAAACCAGAAAGAAGCUUCGGUCAAACACACUUCAACCGAAAGUCAGCAUCAGCAGCAAGAACCAAGUGUGCGACAGAUCUGCGGCUCAGAGGCAGAUAAUGCAGGCGCAAUAAUUCUUCGCCCUCCAGAUUUCAUUUCUCACUACCUGUCUUCGCCUCCGUCCCCCAGUAUGCCCGGGCUUAUACCUUUAGACGAACUACCGCCCGAGCUCCUCCGAUUGCCUCUAAUGAACGAACACAACCUUGCGACUGGUCAAAGCGGCUGUGGUCUUAAUCUUCAGAUCGAUGACCUCUCAAUGCUCACCCCCAACGCCAAAUACGAGGUCAGGGAGCCUAUCACGAAUGCCUUCGAGGUACGUUUCAUUAACGAACGUGUUGGGUGGGGUUUAUUUGCUACGGAGAACAUCCCCGCAGGGUCCGUCAUCCUUGCGGAUGAGCUCAUAUCUGUAUGGUCUCGCGAGCAAAAUGCUUGCAAGACUCUCCAUGACACCCACGCAAUGCUUGAACGCAAGUCGAAGGCAAUGGGCGAGGAUUGGUACAGAACAUUCCUCCUGAUGGCAAGGUCAAGAAUGACCGGAAAGAAGAGGCCAUCAGCGCGUGAGCGGAAGCUUGGUGUUCUGACAGCUAAUUGGGAACACUACCAUUUGCCUAUAUCCUGGGAAGGGAAGGUUGGCGGUAUUGUGGGUCUGAACCUGGCCUGGGCAAACCAUGCCUGCAUUCCAAAUUGCACUUUAUCGCUUUCUACUGAGUACGGUACGGAUAGGCAUGGGCAGGUGCGAUGGAAUAAGAAGCCAAAGCUCGGAAGGGCAAUUAUUCGCGCUUGUUCAGGCAUUCGGGCCGGCGAGGAGAUUACUAUCCCAUACAUGCAGACAGGGGGAACGGCAAGGAUGAGAAAGAAGAAUACGAUGCAGCGAUUCGGCUUUCGGUGCCACUGUCGGUCCUGCAAGAUUCCGGAUUGUGAUGCCGACAAAAUACUGUCCAAAUACCAACGUCUCGUAAAUGGGAUUCACAACCCGGGCAACAUAACUGACAAACCGGCUGUCACUUUCCAAGCUGCGGCCGCACUAACCGGUCAGGUUCAAUAUGUGAGGACGAAUGAUCCCCGGCUCGUCAAUCUCUGGGUCAACUGUGCUCUUAUCGCGGGCCAUCAUUCUGACCUAGCAAGAGCGCACUGCUUUCUCAAGCAUGCAAGAGAGCUAGCUCUGAUUUCAGAGGGACCGGGGAGUAGAUUGCAACGUCGGAUUUCGCAAUGGCAAGAGUGCAUGGCGAUGAUGCCGGGAUUUGGAGUCACUAACAGGGGUCUCAGUACUCCUAUGGAGGCAGAUUCAAUUUUGAAGGGAGACGAUAAGUACGACAGGAGAAUCUUGUUCAUGUUGGAUGCAGAACCGAAUGGAUACUUGCGGGUUUCUCGUUAUCGUCUUCGCCCCGGCGGUAAUGGGACUGAACAACAAUGGGAGAUCAUCGACGGUCCGGAUCCUGCGCCGCCGAAGCUUAACAUCGACGCUAUGUCACCUUCAGGUAUGUGCCGCGACCCGGGCUGUUAUCGGGCUGUCAUGGGGAUGAAGCAAAUGGAGCAAAAACGUCGAGAGGAUCGUGAAAACCGCAAACGUCACAAACGACAAGCGGACUCCGGCUGUAUCGACCCUGAGAAGGAUUUUUUGGAGAUUCUUUUCGAAAUGUUUUAUGAAGAGUUCGCUCCUCAAAUGAAAUCAAGGAAAAAGUUCCGCCGGAAUAAGCUUAAUACCUACGAAAUGGUGUCUGAAAUAAUGGAUGGUCUCCACAAAAGUUUUGGAAUAGGGUGCAGGGGAGCAAACUGCACGUACUGUCAUCAUGGUGAGGUUUUGCCUGGCCCAUGCGAAUGCGACAACGAGCAUGCGGAACAAAACCAGGGAGUCCAGGUGCAGGACAGCCCCGAGAAGGCAGAGGGAAAGAAAAAGACGAAAAAGAAGAAGGGAAAGAAGAAGGCCGACGCAGCCCCCGUAGUACAGGACGUUGGGGCUGAGAGGAAGGUGAAUGUGGUGGAGGGCGUUGGCUGCCCCAAAGCAGGAGUUGCUGUUAAAUCUUUCUCUUCUUGA